GUGCGAGCCGUGCCUCCGCAUUCUUACUUUUUUAUUUAUUUUAAAUUUAUCUCCAACAUCCGUUUAUUCUCCCCCCGUGCCAUCCCGAUCGGAGGUCCUCUCACCCCGCCGGGAGGGGAGCAGAGGGAAGCGGGCGGGCAGGGCGAGCCCGCCGCCGCCGUCCCGCGGAAGAAAGACACCCACUGUCAGAGGAAACAACAGUAGCUGCCCGUUGAUGAAAGGACUGCCCAUUUGCUCUGAAGGAAGACACCAUGCUGAAGCACAUUUUUAAGAUGCCUUUCAUUCUGAGCCUCAAAAAAGAUCAUCUAAUAUGAUCCUGAGUUUAAAUUGCAAAGAUGAAUUUGAGGUGAUUGUUUACUUGCUUCUGCUGCCUUGGAGUUAGCUGCAGAGUGAGCACUGGAAAGGCACAGUGCAAGAAAAUAUUCCUGUGCUGCAAUACAGUAUUUCGUACCUGCAUAACCAUUUAAGAGGUAUCAGCUGAGUGAAGAUCACAAGGCUGCUGAGAUGAUUUGACCUGUGAUGGAGGGACGCCUCUGGUAAACUACUGGAGAACAUCAGCACAGGGCACCUGGUGUCUCUGCCCUCACUGAUCCAUGUCAAAGUCCAAAAUGAACCGCACUUGGACAUACAACCUGAGCUUUGGUGCACCUACAGAUCCUGUUGAGCCAAGGGCUGGACUCGCACGAAGUGGGUACACAGUAGUGGCUGUUUUUCUUGGAUUUAUCUUGUUUUUUGGUUUCAUGAAUAACUUGAUUGUCCUCAUCCUCUUCUGCAAGUUUAAAACUCUCCGUAACCCGGUCAACAUGCUCCUCCUGAACAUCAGUAUCAGUGACAUGUUAGUGUGCAUCUCAGGCACUACCCUCAGUUUUGCAUCUAACAUCCAUGGCAAAUGGAUCGGAGGGGAGCAUGGUUGUAGGUGGUAUGGCUUUGUCAACUCCUGCUUUGGCAUUGUGUCCCUGAUCUCCCUGGCUGUCCUGUCCUAUGAACGCUACAGCACUCUCACCCUGUGCAACAAGCGCAGCGCUGACUACCGCAAGGCUUUGCUGGCAGUUGGUGGUUCGUGGAUUUAUUCCCUGGUCUGGACUGUUCCACCUCUGAUCGGCUGGAGCAGUUACGGGGUAGAAGGUGCGGGCACAAGCUGUUCGGUACGUUGGUCCUCGGAGUCAGCUGAGUCCACAUCCUAUAUCAUCUGUCUCUUCAUAUUCUGCUUGGUUAUCCCUGUGAUGGUCAUGAUGUACUGCUACGGCCGCCUCCUGUACGCUGUUAAACAGGUUGGAAAAAUCCACAAGAACGCUGCCCGCAAAAGAGAAUUCCACGUACUGUUCAUGGUGAUCACUACAGUUAUCUGUUAUCUCGUGUGUUGGAUUCCCUAUGGAGUUAUAGCUUUACUUGCAACAUUUGGUAAGCCAGGUGUGGUGACGCCAGUUGCAAGCGUCAUACCUUCCAUCCUGGCAAAAAGCAGCACUGUUUGCAAUCCCAUUAUCUACAUACUUAUGAAUAAGCAGUUUUACAAAUGCUUUCGUCAGCUUUUCCACUGCCAGCGUCCCUCCUCCACUGAUGGAGAGCACACCUGUCACUCCAAGGUAACCGUUAUCCAGCUGAAUCAGAGGACGGAUGGUGGGAACGUGUGCAAUAAUGAACCACGUCCAGAAAAAGACAGUAAAGUGACUUCUCUCCUGCACCCCGAACCAAGCCUGGAGCCAGUUUCAAAAGCUGCAGCACCAAUGUCUUAGGAAAACUGGCCCUGAUGGAAAGUACAAGCCUUAACUGGAGUGUGUUUCAUUUCACUGCCAUAUUACUCAGCUAACCUUGAAAUUAACAAAGGGAGUUGCCAUUUGUGGAAUAGGAAAACUGUCAAGAACAAAAAUUGGGACUCUCAUAAUUUCCUUAAUAACAGUAAAGAUGGCCACAUCACUGCAGGUAUGGUUCAAUAAUGACAAAAUUUUAAGCAUUAUCAUUGAUUUUCCUGUAAAUUAGUUAAUGGAGCACUUAGAAGCGGUAGAGUGUUAGGGAGAUCAACGUCCUCCAGAAUCAAUCUAAAAGGCACGCUGGGCAAUCUAGUUUAGCUUCUUGCCUUUCCUGUCUUGUCCAUCCAGUCAUUGUCUUGUGAUUUCAGAUUAGGUUGCUCAUAAAUAACUUAUUUUUUGAUAGUCCACUCAAGCUUUUGCUCAUGCUAGGCAAUAAUGUUUCAUGGGAGGAAAGACGGUGACUUAACAGGCUAGUUUCUGAGUGGUAACAGCUAAUUUACAGCACAUCUUUGUGUUGAAGUCUAGGGUCAACAAACUGAAAGAUGAGCUUGAACGAUGACUAGAGAUUACCACAUACAGAGGUGUCCUUGGGCUAAAGGCUUACCUGUACUGGUGGAAACGGGAGUGCUCCAGAGACUUCCAGACCCAGUGCACGUGUCAAAUGCUCAAACACUACUCUGGGGAAAACCCAUGGUCAGUGCCAGACUUUUUGUCCUUUAGCACCCCUAACACUACAGACAAAGAGACCAACAGUGCAGUACAACCAUCGCCCCCAUCCCAACCACCUAUGGGUGAGAUCCCUGGGCAUGCAGGAUUACACACUCAGUCUACAUGAACAUGAGGAGGUAGGUCCCUCCGCAGCCCCCAGACUGUCCCUUGGAAAUAUAUGCUCCUGCUGUUUCAUUCAAAAACAGAAGGUAGUAUAGUAUUAUUAAAAAAAGGGGAGAGGGGGAAAAAAAAAAUAAGUCUUUUUGGAAAAUAAGCUGUUUUCUUUGUAUGAACACAGUCCUCACUAAAACAGGGGAAAAAAUGGGUUCAUUUCUGUCUUGUGCAUUAGAGGAUGUGAAUGCCCCUCCACAGGGGACAGCCCUAGUGUUGUAGAGCUAUUACUGCCAUGUAAGUUUACAAAAAACAUUAUUUGGAGCAUCUUUAAAAGAACAGCAACAGUUUAGACCACGAGGACAUUUAAACCAGUCCAUGGAUUAGGAUAUAUCCAGUUUUUAUACUAUUUACUUUCUAAUGCCAUGUCUGGCUUGUUUUUCUUAAGUCCCUAGAAUAGGGCUGCCAACGGAUCUCCCUGGGCUACGAGUCUCAUGUUCCAGCCCAUAUUUUAUAGCAUCACUCUUUCACUCAGUUUCUCUAUUUGCUUGGUAUUAACAUUGCAGUGAGUUACUGACAUCAGUAUCCAGCAAGUAUAAGUGUGCCAAGCUGUCCGUAUUUUCAUCUACCUCACAACUCAGUUUUUCCAUCUUCCCUUCUCUCCUCCAGUUACCUUCACUGAUCUUAACAUUUUUUUGAAACUACCAGUAGCUUUUUGGCACUUACAUGAUCCCCAGAAUAUUUGUUACAUUACAAUUGAAGCUUCAUGCUUUGGAUGCAAUCUCAAAGAUAAAAAAAGGUAUGCACCUGACUGCUUACUGACUUGAUCUUGCUUCCGUUAACCUGUUUUGCUUGCCAGUCUACUCUGAGUCGUCCUACAUUGUUUCCCGUUUGUUAUCUUUACACAGCUCUUUCUGUAUUAGUGCUUCCCAGGUUUCUCUUCUGCGGCUGAAUCUCUUCAUGUUUCCUCCCGCAUGUAUUAACCUGUAGUUUCCAAGUGUCACUUGUUUAGUUCCUUUCCCUGUAUUGCCUGCAGAGUACAUGCCUAUCUACUUAUUUUGGCCAUGUACUUUUCACAUCACUGCCCAAUUCAAUAUUAUCUGCAAAUUUGUUUCACAUCUCAGCACUUCUCCUUGAUCAUCAGCACCGGUAUGAAUGAAAACUACACUGUUUGAUAGCCUGUAGGGUGAAGAAUUUCCAUAUGAUACACUUCAAUAUUUGUCUUUGCUCACAGUCCUUAAGUUAGUUUCCAGUCAAUGCACAAUUACUACUUAUAAAACAGCAGAUUGGCUUACACAUGACCUAAGGAGACAUUAAUGAGCAUGAUGAGAUGGUCAUUGUCCCAGCACUUUAUAGUCUGGACAGAAUUAAUCUUGCUGAGAUGUUCAUGCCCAUCUCUGACCUAGCUGGUCUCAUGCACUCUUUAUAGACAAUGCAGGAGAUGGGCAUUUCUAGGGCACAAUUCAUCUGACUUAUUUUAGAUGCCUACUUUAGGAUGGGAUGAAUUGUUCCCAGUAAGUGUUCCUCUCUAGUGACUAGGCAGAAACUGAAAGUACGAGUCUGGCUCUUGCUAUCAGGCACCUUCUCCUCCACUCUCCUAGGUUAGAAGCUUUUGGAGCUUUGUAAAAAAAUAAUAUAAUUGGCUUUUCCAGGAGCACUGUGAGAAGAAAGGAAAACAAGGUGUAAUUCACCUGACCAAAUGUGCCCACUGGUGCAGUUACCCACACCUGAGAUAGGUAUCACAGGCUCCUUUGCUGUCAGUACAAGAAAGUGGGCACCUUUAGGAAGCCGUACAUGUCUACUCAUCCCAGAGUAGACAUUUAAAACCGGAUCAUACAAGUCAUACCCCAAAAGUUCCUGUUUCUUUCUGUUGACUGUAGAGAAAGCCUGAGCGGCUGCAUCGAUACCUGUACUGCGUAAGUUCUACCUGCACUCCCAGUAUGGGACGAAAAUUUCACAUGUAGAAGGGAACACAGGUCUUAAGAGGUGCCCAUUUUUUGCUCUACUAAGUCUGAGGCUGACUAACACAAAUACGUACCUGCACUGGAGACAGCUAAAGCUAGAUGUCAUGAGUCCUGUUCUCCGACUGACUUAGCCAUGGACCAUAAAAAGAAGUAAAUUUUACGUGCAAUGAUUAAGCUGAGAGGAGAUGGUUGUUGUUUGGUUGGUUUUUUACACUCAUAAGGAUUAAGUUACAGGAAUAGGAGUGAAGGCAGUGAAUUACAAAGUAUUUAGGGAAGGCAAGAGGACAUGCACAGCUUAGGAAAAACUACAAAGUGAAAGGGAAAGCCUAUAGGCUAUCUAUAGCAUGCAAACAUCAAUAAAGGGUGAAGUACUCCUUAGAAAGAAUGCCGAGAGAAGUCCAUGGGGCACAGCACAAAGUCUGCUUUUCAUUAGUGCGCCCUAAAAAAGCUUGUAAAAACUACGUUAACUAGAUUAAUUGGUUUAAUCUAGUAGUAGCAGUAUUAUUACUGUGCCUAGGGAAUCUGGUCAAGAACCCGUUAAACUCCACUACAAACCAGCAGAAAUGUUGCCAUUUGUCUGAGUCAUGACAUUGCCGUGAGAUCUGUGGAGGGGGUCUGGAGGGAAUUGUACGGGCAGUUCAGAGUCCCCUCAGAGCAGGGACAACUCUGAAGUCAGACCAGGUCGCUUGCGGGCCUGUCCAGCCCAGUACUGCAUAACUCCAAGGAUGGGAAUGGAGCUGUUGAAUCUUUCCAGAAGUUUACUGAAGCAUGCGCAACUCAUACUGUAGGCAUGACUCUGAAACCAGCAAGCCCAUGUGAAAACGACCAUCAGACUUGGUCUCUUCCAGAUCUGAUGUUUAACCUUUAAAACUUUUAGAGCUUAAAUAUCCAAUCUAAAUUUCACAGCAAUGAAAAAGUCAGGAUAUCUGGCAUGAUUUUAGCUUUGGCAACUAUGACUGGUGCAACCAUACACUCAAAAUCACAGCUGAAGGUGUUUCUGCAUAGGCCACUCUAAUUCUAAUACCCUUGCUGGAUUUUUGAAAGUCCCAUUUGGAUUACAACUAUGAAAAUGGAAAAAUGGAAAAUAAUUCUGCCUGUGUGCAGAAAAGUUGUUUUAUAGUAGAUCAUUCAAAUCUGUGCUUUAUGAAUGUUUUAUAGGUGAAUGGCAAUGUUCCUGGAUACCACACUGGACAAAAAAAAAAACCAACCAAAACCAAAAGGAUUGUGAGCAUAGAAUAUUCUUUUAAAAAUAUUUUCCCAAAGAAAUGAUGUGGCUGUUAGAGAAACAGUCAGCCUGCAAGUUUGUUAUAACA